AUGAUUGGGGAUUCCAAGGAAUCUAGAACUAGAAGAAGUAUAGGGAUCAAGAAGGAGGAGGAACCUUCGCUAUCUCGUGAGAGGAAUUAUAAUCUAACCUCCUCCAACCCACAGCCGCCUAAGCUUGUUCCUAACAAAGAACUCAAGGGUCAGAACUUCUGUGAGAGAAGUGGAAUAUCGCCGCAACACCUGCAAGAAGGAGGCAACUCUGAAACAGAGAGGGGCAGAUUAACAAGUGGGAGGCUUCGAGCCAAGAAGCUCCCAACCCAUGGAGCAGAGGAGUCUGAUAAUUUCCUUAGGGAACCAGAGGAUGAUUACUACCGAGGACGCAAAGGAUUUCAAUGUCCGAAUGGGCAUGAGGGGACUAAGGAGCCAAUGAAUAAGGGGCCUUUGUCAGUCAUGGAAGGCGAUAGAUUACAGCCAGGAGUUUUGAACGGUGAAAGGAGACGAAAGAGUAAGAAUAUUCCUGAGGUUCUGGAGUACUACCAUCCAAGCUAUAGGAGGGAGGGACUCAAGACAAAGAUAAGGGGUCUACUAAAAAGAGUAGAUCUAAGAUUUCAACUGAAAUUGAUGCGAUACAUGAAGGGGAGAAACUAUUCUGUAGAAAGUGAAUUUUUGGAGCUUCGUGGUGGUGGAAGGAUACUAGCUUAUUACUAUAGAGAAUACGGAGUAUUAUUACCACUUAUAGUAGCUACUGUAGAGCUCUUAAUUUCCUUACUGGGUCUAUUAGUCCCAGGUCUUUAUUCUGUAUCAAUAGCAGCAUGUAUUAUAAUAGGUGGAUUAUUCCUGAGUAUUUUGUACUAUUAUAUAAGAACCUAUUGUAAGAUAAAGAAAAUGGGAAGAUGUUUCAAGAAGCAUGGUGUUAUAAUAGAUGCCUGA